AUGACUUCUCCUGUCGACCCCCACAGCAAGUGUUAUUCGCACAUCAACGGCACUGCCAAUGAUCUCAGCGACCGCCUUGCCGUUAGUGAGCUCUGUAAGGGCUGGCCCGUCUAUCGCGAUGCCUCCGAGUGGCAGAACUACCGCGACCUCUUUGCCGAGGAUGCCACCGUCUGGACUACCUGGAGCGGCCCCCAGCCUGUCGACGACUUCAUUGCUAUCUCCAAGGCUGGCAAGGAGAAGGGCGUUUUCAUCAUGCACCGUGAGUGCGGCACUCUGGUCGAGCUGGCCAGCAACAACAACCGUGCCAUCGGCAAGAUGAAGGCCACCAUCACGCACCGCUUCAAGUUCGACCCCACCACUGGCGGUAAUGGCGCUUCCCCCGACACCGAGACCGCCGAGUUCGACGUUGAUUGCGACUGUCGCUUCAUCUUCUUCUGCGAGAAGAACGCCGAGACCAGGCAAUGGAAGGCAAAGUACGUCAAGCUGUUCUACGAGAAGGACAAGGUGGUCCCCACCGAUGGCCGCACUGCUCCCGUCUUCUCCAAGGAGGAGCUGGAGAAGAUCCCCACCGGCUACAAGUACCUCGGUGCCGCUCAGGCUCGCCUUGGUUACCGGAUUGACCUCGAUCUUCCCACUGCGGGUGGCGAGCUGUUCACCCGCAUGUACGGCGAAAUGGAGAAGUGGCUGGAUGGCAAGUCGGUCGACCUCUUCUGGGAAGGCAAGUAG